CCGCGCCGCAGACAUGCAGGCUCCAGAGGCGCGCUGCCUGCCACCGCUGCAACCAUGGUGACGGCCGCGACGCUGCAGCUGCUGCUGGUGCUCGCGCUGUCCACCCCGCGCUCAGGGUGCAGUCUGCUGCCAACCGCAGGGCGACAAGCCCCGGAGGCACCGCGUAGCUCUCGUGGCGGAGGUGACGACUGGCUGCUGCGUGCGUCGCGCCCGGAGCAGCGUCGCGGUGGCGUGGUGUCGGUGCGCCUCUGGUGGCGACCUCCCGAACCACCACCUGCAGGGCGCGGCGCCUUCCUGGUCACGUGGGAGGUGGCCGGCGGCGCGCUGCGCGGGAACCUGGUCACCGACGCCCGCUGCGCCACACUCUCCCUACAGCCCGCCACCGUCUUCCGCAUCCAGCUCUGCUAGGAUUUCGUGCAGCGACGACGUGAGCAGCCUCGUCACUCAUCCUGCCAGACCUUGG